AUGGAAAUGAAGGAAGGACCAAGUAUUUAUGAACGACUACUUAGUAUAGAAAAGAAACAAGUAAGCAUACCAAAGGUACAACAACCAAACCCAAAUAAUUCGCACGUCAUUAAAAGAUGGACAAUGACAAAAGUUGAUAGACUGACUAAAUUGGAAGAAGUUCAUAUGGACAAAGCGUCUCAACUACUCGUUGAUAUCUCAACACCGUCUUACUAUUACAAUAGUAACAAAGUUAAUGAAACAAUGUUUAAAUAUCAACCAAACCCAAAACAAUGGAAAGGAGAAAAAGGGGUAAAAGAAGGUAAACGUACUCGAGCAGUCAAACCAGGAAAAGUAGUUAUUAAGUGA